AUGUCGACGACCGACACCAGCUCACCCAAGGACGCACCCGCGCCGGAGAACAGCGCCCCGGCGGCGGCGGCAGGCAGCGAGCCGACGGUGACAAAGACGGUGCAGACGGUGGAGGUGAGGCAGUCGGCGGGGCAGGAGGAGGGGCAGGGGACGAUCAAGCCGAUCGAGGUGGUGCACGAGAUCCCGGCCAAGGAGCCUGCUACUAAGCAAGAGUAG